UAAGGGAAGGUAGCUGUUGAUCCUGGUCGGAAAUUGCGUCUCGUCCUGCACGUUGACGCGACCGCUGAUCGGCACUCGCUCUGCGUCUCUGACAACAGGAGGCAAUGCAAACACAAUGAAUCAAUCUCUAGCUGCAUCACGUAUAUUAUAACUGAUCGGACUCACACCAGCUGAGAAAUGGGGUAUUGACGCGGCAAAAUGCGGGGAUGAUCCAGCCUCGUGCGGCCGAACUCAGUCAAUCCCACUUUUGGUGGCGAGUUAUCUAACUCGUGAUCUCAUGGCGUCGAGGAAUAUGAUUACCGGCAUCCAGCCUCCACUUCCGACAGAUCACAUAUCAGAUUGAGAAAUCGCAGGUAUCUCCCGAGGUCUCUGUUCAUGACCAGACGCUAAACUGCAAAUUUCGAGCCAUUGGCAGAUGGUCACCGGUUUUACCCAACUUUCCAAUUAUUCCUUGACGCAAAGCCGCCGUCCAAAUGCCCGAAGCUGCGAACAUUGCUGUCAUUUCGUUUGAUCGCUUCGUCUAUGGGAAUGAUGCAGAUAGGCAAGCAGUCGCCAAGGAAGUCUACGACGCGUUCAGUAGCGUAGGCUGGGUAUAUUUAUCCGAUCACGGUGUCUCGCGCGUCGAUGAAGUUUUCGGUCUUGCGAAGUCCUUCUUUGAUCUUCCUUUACAAGAGAAGUUGAGAUGGCGUCUCACUGAUGCAGAAGUAAACCAAGGCUAUACUGCCGAUGGAGAUGAAGCCAAUGGGGGUGUGGACCACAAAGAGUGCUACGAGCAUCGACGCUUUGCCAAUCCUCUAUGCCCUUCAUCGAGCGAGCUGCCGGGGUUCAAGGACACUCUGGACGAUUUCUACGGCGAGUGUCUUACCCUCGCACUCAAUGUGCUAAAAUGUCUCGCCAUGGCCAUGGAUCUAGGCGAAACUUUCUUCGACAACAUCACGAAGAAAGCAGACCCGCAGCUACGUCUCAUUCAUUACCCAUCCAUCGAGCGCAAUAUAAUUGAGCAAGAGGGCCACGCGAGGAUCAUCCCUCACACAGACUUUGGUUUGUGCACGCUGCUAUUCCAAGACAAUGUGGGCGGGCUCGAGGUCGAUCCAUUCCACACGGGCGAUUUUAAACCUGCCGUACCUAAGCAAGGAACUGUCUUGAUUAAUAUAGCGGAUCUCUUACAGCGGUUGACUAAUGGCCGCUGUCGCAGCACCAUGCACAGGGUAGUAAGCCCCACUGUUGCUGGCGAUAUCCUUCCGUCGCGGUACUCGAUUCCGUUCUUCAUACAUCCGGAUGCUGACGUUCUCAUCGAUCCUAUCGUAAAGGAAGAGGGAGAGGUGAAGAAGUAUGAGCCAAUUAAUGCGGGUGAGUGGAGAAUUUGGAAUACGAAGAGGAAUUACACGACACUGAAGGAGGGCACUGUGACAGCGUGACAUGUCUUUUUACCCAGUACUAUAACGGCUUUACCAAGAUUGCAAUGAAAGUAGAGAACUCUUGUGUUGCUUUGUCGCUUCUUGGUUGUGUGUUCCGAUCGAUUGUUGGAAUUGUCGCAUUUAGUUGUCAAAAGCUGCGCAUC